UGGGCGGAGUUGGUAAAGGGCGGCAGAACAACUAGCAUAGGUGUUUUCUAUGUAAAAUAGAUAGUUUUUGAAAUGCUAUAACGUUAUUUUUGCUAGAGAUGUGAAUGGAAAUGUAUCCAACCAUAAGCUGCAAAGAGUGGACGAUUUGGUGAUCGGUGGUAUAUAGCUUUGUUGGAAGCACAGCAAAUGUUGUGCUGGAAAUACCUAGGACAGUGACAAUAAGAACGAAGGUAACAUGCCGUAUGCCAUAGUAGAGAUUGUUGAUGCCAGAAACGGCGAGGUACUGCUGGCCGUACCAGAAACAUGGCUAAUAAUUAAAACCAAAGUAAUUGGUUAUCUGUACUGGCCCGACGCCGAAUUGGUGGAAAAUAUGAAGCAACUGUUGGCAGACGAUCGAAGCGCACCACCGAAGGCGUGGGGCAAACGGAUAUGCAAAAUAGUGUACCGCAGUAUAGCCUCGUUAACAGCGGCGGAAAGAACAACACAGAUUUUACAAAAGAACCGCAAAACUACAGUAAAUGUAGCUUUCAACAGCAACGCAGCUAUUACCAUGAAAACGGUUAAUGUACGCAAAGAUACUUCCAGCCAAAUGUCCAGCAAUCCUGUCCCGAAAGCGAACCAGCCGAGUAGUGAAUGGUUGAAGAACAGUAGCUUCAACAAGACUUCAGCCGUAAAACAGGAUCUAUUGGGCCCUUCGCCGAAACUGUUAAAAUUGGACCCGAGCAACAGCAAGUCUUCUACCGUAAAACAGGAACUAAAAGGAACAGAAACGCCGAAACGGUUAAAACUGGACUCGAGCAACUGUGUAAGCCAACAAAAAGACAAUGAGAAUAGUAAUAUAUUAUCACUCUUUAGCACGGAGCAAGACUACGAUCCAUUUGAGGACAUUGGCAAUUUGGAGGAAAUGUUGCGAUCGAACCAUGCGACACCAAAAAGCUCGACACAAAAGGAGCUACCAAUAUUGGAAACAAAAAAUCCAGAUAUAGCGAGAAAUGAACCAAAAGACGAUGCCAAAGAUAAGAACAAAAAAAUAUUCGGCCUACUUCAAGAGCUAAAGUGUAUGAUUAAUGCAAACCAGGAAGAGAUAGGCGAUAGUUUGAAUGAAGGAAUCCAAAAAAUGGAAACCAACUUUGACUCGUGCAAGCGUCAACCGCUUAGGGUGGAAUCGCAUAAAGGCAAUCAACACCCACCGAAAACAAUCCGAUCGGAAACACCGAACCAAACCGAAAUGUAUCGUCUAACGACCGUAGAGGACGUGGAUAGGUUUGAGCAUCGUUUGAAUGAUCGCAACUUUCUGCAGAGGGUUCGUAGCUGGGUGAAGCGUAUCGUUGCCCAGGAGAACGAGCCGGAAAAGUGCAUGAAGCGCAUAUGGGACUUAAUGUUCGAUGAAGCGCUGUUCAAGCAUAUGUGCUGGGUUGGAUCUUCAUCGAAAAUUGCACUGCGCGAUUAUUUCAACAUCAUCGAUCUGUACAAGUACGGCGGCACUACCAACGCACACCGGGUAAAUGACACUGAGGUGAGAAAGUUUUUAUACAAAACCAUGAAGUACGUGACAGACAUGAGUUACCCAGAUAAUUACUACGUGAAAAAGGCAGUGAAUGCGAAAUGUGGUAGCAUUCGUAAACCAGCAUCAAGAAUGAGCAUAAACGUGAAGGAACAAAUCAAAGCAAAGCACCAACAGCAACAGGGACAAAGCAAAAGAGACAAUGAAAUCGUUGAGCAGGAGGAAGAUUUCUCGAAUAAAAAAGAUGGUUUGCAAAAUGUACCCGAGCAACAAUUACCAACGAUUUGCGUAGGUUGCAUAAAAUCGGUAGAAGUAUUGAAUGCAUUCGAGAACCGUUUAAAUGACGAAAAAAGGCGAACGGAAAUGCAAACGUGGGUCGACAAAACAGUCGGUCACGAGGCUAAUGUGGAGCGUCGCAUGGAGGCAUUGCUGGAACGAUUAAUUGAUACAAACAUCUUACUCAACUUUUGCUGGAUGAACGUUAGCAGUAGAAAGUGUUCGUUGCUAAAGUUCAAAAACGUUGUCCGACUGUUUGAGUACGCUAGCAGAACGAAGCUGCAAAACACUAUCAUAUACAAUCAUGGUAUUGUUUCUAGCUUCUUUAUCCGGACGUUAGAUAACGUGGCGUAGGAUAGGCGUUUCGUAACAGUAUGGAUGGAAACCUGAAAAAAUAUAAAGUGUUGUACAUACG